AUGGACGAUAAUCCAGCAAUAGAAUUUACAGCAGCGCGAUAUACACAUAAAUCGCCUUUAGCAAAAAAAUUGUUCUCUGUAGAUGGAAUAAACCGUGUAUUUUAUGGUAAAGAUUAUAUUUCAGUAUCAAAAGAAGAAGAAUAUGAAUGGAGUGAAUUAAAGCCUUUAAUUUUUUCUCUAAUAAAUGAAUAAUUUUCAAGUAAAGAACCUUUAAUUACAGAUAAACCAGAGCCUGAAGAUACAAAAAUAAAUGAAAAUGACAGCGAGUAAGUUAUAUUAAUAAAAGAAAUAAUUGAUACAAGAAUAAGACCUCUUGUGUAAGAUGACGGAGGUGAUGUUGUUUAUAGAAAUUUCGAUGAAAAAACAGGACUUGUUACUUUAACUAUGAUGGGAGCAUGUACUGGAUGUCCUAGUUCAUAAGUAACUUUAAAAUAAGGAAUUUAAAAAAUGCUUAUGCAUUAUAUACCUGAAGUUAAGAAUGUAGAAAGUUUAGAUUAUUAAGAAAAAAAAGAAGAAAAAAAUUGA